AACCUGUACAAGCCAUUCGGUACUCACAAUUUUUAAUACACAGUAUGUACAAGCUUGCUCUCUUGAUGCUCCUAUAUAACCUAGGUGGAAAAGCUCAGCAAUGUCUUCGUGCAACUAAUGGUGACAGGGAUCUACCAAAUUUUGUCAGACCAGGAGCUGGGGCAAACCCACGGUUUGAGGUCAACCCAAUCCAAGCCAUCAUUACUAGCUACAGGUUCAACUGCUGUGGAGUGGUCACCGAGUGGAGAGCUAUUGUGCACAAUAGCAAUUUCAAUGCUCAGCAAUCUUACACCAUCUCCUUCCAAGUGUGGAGACCCAACUCCCCCUCACCCGUGGACACUGAUGGCUGCUACACUAUGCAAGGCACUAACCAUUUCUCACCCAUUCCACUGGCUGAUCCUGACACAGCUGACAGAGGAAUAGUGACUGGUGUACCACUAGAGAGUGAGAGGAUUGAGGUCCAACCAGGAGAUUUGGUCGGGUUCUAUCUGGAGAGUAGUAGAAACGAUGAUGAUGGUAUCCAGUUUCCGGAAGAUAGAGGCAACCCAAGUCCGUACACUGAUGAGACAGUUUGGUUUGCUACUGGUUCACUGACUCCUCGUCCUGAGGCAACUUGCAUGUAUCCUGUCGGCUCAUCUGGUCUACUCAGUUUCUCCACUAAUCUAGCUCCACUCGUCACAGUAACAGUUUGUGAGUUUAUUAGAACAUAAUAUUAUUUAUGAUUAUACCCCUUUAGUAAACACGGGCUGCCCUAUAACAACUGGAAGGACAACUGAAGCCACUGUAACUCCUACAACCACAGUUAUAGCACUCCCAACCCUACACACCUCACCCACACCCUCACAAGCCCCUGACACGACACAAGACGGGAACUCAGGUCCUACUGAAGCCACUGUAACCUCUACAACCACAACUAUAGCACCCUCAACCCUACAUACCUCACCCACACCCUCACAAGCCCCUGACAUGACAACAGACGGUAACUCAGGUUCUACUACAGCAGCUGACAAUGUUAGACUCUAUGUGGGAAUAGCAGUAGCAGUUGGUUUAGUAAUGAUUGCUGAUAUUGUUGUUCGUUAUUCACAAGAGAAGAGCUAAAAAACACAAGCAAUCAGGUA